GUAUUGCGCAUGCGUACUCUUCUGGGUUUUGUUUUGAAAACUUUGACAUCUUCCGACACGAUGCUUUGCUGCGUUAAAAGGAUCCUUUGGAAAUUUUGGUCCAUCAUUCCCUUUGUUUAGAGUAGCAGGAAAUAGGAGAGAAGUGGUUGCAGCUCAUUAAUAGCUUUACUGAUACCGCGUUAUUAGGUUACAUGAAAGGGUUUCAAUGAGACCAGGUGCUAUGUGUUGUUUUGCUUCUUGAUUGCGCAUACAAUAUGCUGCAGAACAAUGCAAUGACUGUGUGCCCACGGGCAGCCUAUCCCUGCAGCAGCUGAUGACCUGACUGACGUUAAUGGUCUAGUUCCUGAUUUGCCAGAGUAAUGGAAGCAUUGCUAGAAAGUCUACAGACGCAGGAGAAAAUGGGAGUGCUGCAGGGAUCCUGUGAGGCAGAGCUGCAGGAGCUCAUGAGACAAAUAGACAUCAUGCUGGCUCACAAGAAGUCCGAGUGGGAUGCUCAAACUCAGAUUCUGACUACUCGCCUAGAACUGAGAGAUCAGGAGCUGAGUUCGGCCCAUGAGCGAGAGGAACGACUGAAUCAAGAGAUCAGGUCACUCAGAAAGCAGCUACGGGAACAGGAGGAAGGGAAUUGUGUUAAGACGGCAGAAUAUGAAACCCAACUCAAACGGUUUCAAGAAGAGCUGACCAAACUGAAGAAAAGUUAUGAGAGAGUACAAAAGAGGCACCUCAAAUUAGAAUUGAAGAACAGAGCAGAAGAAGAACAAUGUGAGAUCUCACGUCUGAAUCGCAGGUUAGAGGAAUUCCGCCAAAGAUCUUUGGAUUGGGAGAAACAACGUCUGCUUUAUCAGCAGCAAGUGGCUAGUCUUGAAGCUCAGAGAAGAACUCUAAUGGAGCAGGCAGAGGUCUACCAGCAGCAGUCCCAGAGCCGCAAACAGAUGCUGGAGCAGACGAGUCUUGCGGGCCGCUCUGAGCUCCAGCACAUUACUGGACAGCUGCUGCGUACUAACGACACCCUGUGCGCCAAAGAGGAGGAAACUGACAGGUUAAAACUGCAGCUGGAAGUAGCAAUGGGAGGGCAGGAGCAAGCAGAACAGGAAGUUGUGCAGGCUCGGCAAGCCAUUCAGGUGCUUCAGGAGGAGAAGGAAGAGCUACGUGCCACUCUGCAGACUCACACAGACUUCCUGCAGGGCUGCAAAUCGCAGAAAGAGGAGCUGCAGAGGGAGGUGUGCAGAAUGAGUGAUACCCUGAUAGACAAGGAGGAAAGCAUCAGAUCCCUAGAGGAGAGAUUGCAGGAAACAAGGUUGUCAGAAGGAAGAACAGACAAGGAAGAGAUUAGUUUCCAGCUUUCUGUUAGCCUAAUGAAUGAGAAGAGACUGAAGGCUGAGGUGACACAUUUAGAAGACAGGGUUGGGUCGGUGACUGUGCAGUGCCAGCAGCUUGCCAGUGAGCUAAAUGAGAAGAAAGACUCCCUGCAACGGAUAGAAGAGGAAUACAAGAAGAGUUGGAAUGAAAUUAGAAAGCUGAAGGGCCAGCUGUCCCAGGCUGAGCUUACAUACAACAGUGCUGUAGAUGGGAUGAGGAAAGAGAUCUCCCAGUUGACCCAGGAGUUGCAUAAAAGAGAUAUGUGCAUGGCUUCCUCCAACACCACUGCUGGUGAGUGGGAGAAAAAGCUACGAUCAGAGAGGGAGAGAGCCGAGAGACAAUCUGCAGAACAUAGGGUUUUCCUGGAGAAUUUACAACAAGAGAAUAGAAGGCUGUCAGCAAUGCUUGAGAAGAGAGAUCCAGAUGUGCUGCAGGCACUGGAUAACUUGGAAUGUGAAAACCAGAAACUACAGAAGGAGCUCACAGACACCAAAAGAAAUCUAGAGCUUUUUCAACAGAAAAGACAGUCUGACAUCCAAACUGCGGUAGAGAGGAUAUCCCAGGAGCUGUUACUGAGACACAAGCAAGAAAUAAAGCAGAUGCAAGAGCGUCUGAAAGAAGCCACAGAGAAUUACCAAUCUCAGCAGGGUCCAUGCUUUACUCAAAAAGAACUUAGUAGAAGCAACUCUGUUGAUUCUCUGUCCUCAGAGGUCUGGAAGGGGGUUGAUCUGAUGUCAUCUGAGCCUAUCGGAAGAGAGCAGAACUCUUCUGAAGAGUCAUUGGUGGAGUCUGUAUCUUUGCUCCCAAUUCCACCUACAUCACCUGCAGAUGCAGUUGCCUCACGCUUCUUGCAAGAGGAAGAAAUUCGUUCCCAGGAACUUAUACAUCGACUAGACUCUCAUAUUGAGGAGCUGAAGCAAGAGAGCCAGCGAACAGUGCAAAUCUUUUCUCAGCCUAGAUAACUUACAGUAAUAUGUAUAUGCUAUGUAUAUAAUAUGUAUAUGCUGCUGGACUCAGAAUGGUGCAUAUUCGUAAAUGGAUCAGUGCAUACUCAUGCGGAAGUUAUUGAUUUUGUCUACACGUGAGCUCAGACUGUGAUACUGCAAUAGAUUCUGGUAUCUAUGAAGAUUGGAUUUUCUAUCCUUUGGUGCAACAAGGAAGCUGUACACAUUCCUCAUUCUGAGGUACAGCGAUAGCUGGAUGUAAAGCUUUUACGUAUGGUAUGAAAUGGGACCUAGGCUGGUAGUGCAGCUUUAUGACUGCCUAUUUGAUGUUUUAGCAAUGUAUGGGGUGGGAAACACAGCCAUACUUAACCAUGGGGUUGGUGUAAGAAAUAAUUCUCGAUUGUCUGAUGCCGUUCUAAAAUGACUAAUUUCCUGUGUAUAGUAAACUCAUUGUAGAAUAGGAUGUUAUAUAGCAACACGUGACAGCAUUAUAUUGUGAAUGAGCUGCUUUCAUGCUAGACAUUGCUAUAAAAUGUGAAUGUAUAUUUAUAUCUGUUUAAACAUAUUUAUAUCAAUAUAUUUUUAUUUUAUUUAUAAAUAAAUGUUUUAAUAUAUCAA